CGGGCUCCAGCGGCACGGAACUACGCUUGCAACUAUUCCACGCCAUCUUCAGGCAUUCCCUAACUCUAUUUAUUUAUAACCUUUUCUUGGAGCGUGCAUCGGGUGCCGUUCUGCUGCUACCGAUCCGGGCUCUGAACGCAACAUGGCUCUGGUAUCAGCUGAUUCCCGCAUAGCUGAACUCCUUGGGGAAUUGCAUCAACUUAUCAAGAAGACGCAGGAGGAACGAUUGAGGAGUGAACACAACCUGAUUAACAUCCAGAAAACACACGAGAGGAUGCAGACAGAAAACAAGAUCUCUCCGUAUUAUCGGACCAAAUUACGGGGCCUUUAUACAACGGCCAAGGCAGAUGCUGAAGCUGAAUGCAACAUCCUGCGCAAGGACUUGGAUAAGAUUGCUGAGAUCAAGUCACUUCUGGAAGAACGCCGAAUUGCUGCCAAGAUUGCCGGCCUCUACAACGACUCCGAGCCGCCACGCAAAACCAUGCGCCGUGGUGUGCUGAUGACGCUGCUGCAGCAGUCCGCCAUGACUCUCCCUUUAUGGAUUGGGAAACCUGGAGAGAAGCCUCCCCCACUGUGUGGUGCCAUCCCGGCCUCUAGCGAUUAUGUGGCCAAACCAGGAGACAAGGUAGCGGCUCGUGUCAAGGCCGUGGAAGGAGACGAGCAGUGGAUCUUGGCUGAGGCCGUGAGCUACAACCACGCUACCAACAAGUACGAGGUGGACGACAUUGAUGAAGAAGGGAAAGAGCGCCACACCUUGAGCCGGCGCCGCAUCAUUCCCCUGCCCCAGUGGAAGGCCAACCCCGAAACCGACCCCGAGGCCCUUUUCCAGAAAGACCAGCUGGUCCUGGCCUUAUACCCACAGACGACCUGCUUCUAUCGAGCGCUUAUCCACACUCCACCCCAGCGGGACAGAGUUGCAUCCAGCCUGCACUGCCUCUUCGUUUGCACUGCAGCCUCCCCUCUUGAUCCAGUGUCUUCUGCCCUGCAGCCCCAGGAUGAUUACUCGGUGCUGUUCGAGGACAACAGCUAUGCGGAUGGCUACUCUCCGCCGCUCAAUGUGGCCCAGCGCUAUGUGGUGGCUUGCAAAGAGACCAAGAAGAAGUGACAGUGCCCUCUGGAGGGUGGUUGUGGUGGUGCUAUUGAAAGGAGCCAUCUAUCAAGUGGAUUUUUCUGAUGGACGUUUAACACAGGAGAAAUAAUAAUCCGGAAGGUCCAGGAGACAAGUUUAUUACUCCAAGGAGUAAAACUCCCAGUACAGAUUAAGCAGUCUUACUGGUGAUUCUGUUGCAAUUUAAUUAGAUAAUGACUUUAAACCGUUAAGGUAACUGUUCUAGGCGUAGGCAGCUCUUUAGAGGUAGACAUGUGCCACUUUGCAGAGAUGUCUGGAUGAAAAAGCAAUUGCUUGAAACCCAUGGAGAUUUAUAAUGUUUGGGUUAAUAAACUUGUCUCCUGCACCUGUUAGAAUUCUGCUUUUGCUCUGUGGUGAUGCCCUUUUGGCAUGUUUGGAUUUAAUAAAAGACUGGUUUAUCACC